AUGAGUAAAUACGGCGUCAUGGUCAUGGGCCCAGCAGGGGCGGGCAAGUCCACCUUCUGCUCAGCCCUCAUAACACACCUCCAACUCAACCGCCGCUCCUGCUUCUACGUCAACCUCGACCCGGCUGCCGAGUCCUUUGACCACCAGCCCGACCUGGACAUCAAGGACCUGAUCUCGCUCGAGGACGUCAUGGAGGAGAUGGGCCUGGGCCCCAACGGCGGGCUGGUCUACUGCUUCGAGUUCCUCAUGGACAACCUCGACUUCCUGACCGAGGCCCUCGACGGCCUGACCGAGGACUACCUGAUCAUCAUCGACAUGCCCGGCCAGAUCGAGCUGUACACCCAUAUCCCCAUCCUGCCCGCCCUCGUGCGCUUCCUCAGCCAGCCCGGCGCCCUCGACAUCCGCCUGUGCGCCGCCUACCUGCUCGAGGCCACCUUCGUCGUCGACCGCGCAAAGUUCUUCUCCGGCACCCUCAGCGCCAUGAGCGCAAUGAUCCUGCUCGAGAUCCCCCACCUCAACAUCCUGUCCAAGAUGGACCUGGUCAAGGGCCAGGUGCGCAAGCGCGACAUCAAGAGGUUCAUCACCCCGGACGCCACCCUGCUGGACGACGACCCCGCCGAGCAGGUCCGCCGCAACACCCUAGGCGCCGGGGAAGCCGAGGAGGGAGAGGCAGAAGCAGAAGAAGACGAACAUGCCGACCCGGCCGAGAGGGGCGCCGUCAUGCGCGGCACGAGCUUCAAGAGGCUGAACCGCGCCGUCGCGAACCUCAUCGACAGCUUCAGCAUGGUCAACUACCUCAAGCUCGACUCGUCGGACGAGGAAAGCGUCGGCGCCAUCCUUAGCUACAUCGACGACGUCAUACAGUACCACGAGGCGCAGGAGCCCAAGGAGCUGAAGGACGAGGAGCUCGAGGAUGAGCCCGAGGAGUAG